AUGAAAUGCAAGUUUCUUAUAGAUUUAGAAUCUAAAGACACAAACAGACACAAGAUUGAUAGAACACGAGCAAAUGUUAAGGAUCUACAUUCACAAGUUAUAGUUGCUGUUCACAGAAUUGACACAAUUUCGAAGAAAAUCGAGGAACUAAGAGACAAUGAGCUAAAUCCAGGACUUGUGGAGCUGAUUAACGGCUUAAGAAAGAUGUGGGAAGUGAUGUAUGAAUAUCACAAGGCUCAACACAAUCUCAUGUCCAUGAUAAACCAACAAACUAUCAUCCAUCUAGAAAUUGAACUGAGUUCCCUAUCUUCAUGUUUUACGAAAUGGCUCAUCGCCCAGAAAUCGUAUGUGCAAGCUGUAAGCAGGUGGCUUUACAAAUGCGCGUUUAUUCAAGAUCCAGAGGCAUCUAAAAGGAGGCAAGGAGAACCUCCUUUAGAUCACUUUGGACCAACAAUUUACACCACUUGUGGUGUUUGGUUGGAAUUAUUCGAUACAUUGCCCAUUAAAGAAGUGACUGAUUCUGUAAAAGGAUUGGAGAAUGAAUGUAGUCAACAGAUGUUGUCUUCUUCAUAUGAAUCAUAUAGGUAUGCUAUUGUAACCGGGGCGAAUAAGGGGAUUGGAUUUGAGACGGUUCGAAAGCUUGCAGAACAUGGCAUAACCGUCGUCUUAACCGCAAGAGAUAAUAAUAGGGGUUUAAAAGCUUUAAAUUCACUUCAUGAAUUAGGGUUUAAGAAUGUAGUGUUUCAUCAACUUGAUGUUCUAGAUCAACAAAGUGUUGAUUCCUUGUUCAACUUCAUCAAGGAUAACUUUGGAAGGCUUGAUAUAUUGGUAAAUAAUGCUGCACAUACUGGUGUCAUAGUUGAUGAAGAAGGAUUAAGAGCCCUAAAUAUAGAUUCUACUGCAUGGCUGGCGGGAAAGGCAGCCCAUCUAGUGCGAGAUGUCAUGAAGACUACACAUGCAUCGGCAGAAAAAUGUUUGAACACAAAUUACUACGGAUGCAAGAGGGUAACAAAAUCUCUUCUUCCAUUGCUUGAGCUGUCUAUUUCAGGAGCAAAGAUAGUUAAUGUCUCAUCUCUUAGAAGCGAAUUAUGGCGUCUUAACAAUGAGCAAAUGAGAAAAGAGCUUGGGGAUGUCGAAAAUUUGACCGUGGAAAAAAUUGAUCGAAUAGUUGAGAGGUUUUUGGGCGAUGUCAAAGAUGGUUUACUUGAGAGUAAUGGAUGGAAUAUGACUAUGCCUUCUUAUAGUUUGUCAAAGGUUACACUUAAUGCAUACACGAGAGUGUUAGCUAAGAAGUACCCGCAAAUGAAGAUAAAUUGUGUUCACCCCGGUUUUGUUGACACCGAUCUCAAUUGGCACACAGGAAUAAAAACAAUUGAGGAAGGGGCCCGAGGCCCGGUUAAGUUGGCGCUUUUUAAGGAAGAUGACCCAACCGGUUGCUAUUUUGAUGAAACCGAAAUGGCUGAGUUUUAG